CAUCAGAAGCUUCUUGGAGAAUCUUUCAUUAUCACCUGCAUAAUGAGAAACUGGACAUUCAGCGACUCCAAAUACACCUUCCAGAUCAGCAGAUAGUUACGUUUUCAGAUGAUCAACCUCUUCAAUCGGUAUUGCAACAGGACAAUAUUCGUAAAACAAUACUAACUGAAUGGUUCAUAGCGAAUGCAAUACAUCUGGAUGCUAGAGAGCUAACCUAUGGGAACUUCCCAACAAAGUGG